CUCUGCUGACGUCUUAUUUGAGGAGCCGCACGGCGCGCUGCCGCGUUAGAACUGUGGGCUGGUCGUGGUCUCCCGAACGCCCGACCAGCGCCCAGGCGCCCGCUGACCUUGGCCCUGAGACCGCGAGUUCUAGCCCGACAGCACAGGGCUCCAGGCUCUGAUGCUGGCCUCUGGUAGAAGAUGCUUGCUCACGGCUCUGCUGCAGGCUCAGAGGUGGCCCUUUCAACCCUCCAGGGACAUGAGACUGGUGCAGUUCCAGGCACCCCACCUGACGGGCCCGCAUCUGGGCUUGGAGUCAGAGAAUGGUGGGGGGGUCAUCAACCUCAACGCCUUUGACCCCAUGCUGCCCAAGACAAUGGUGGAGUUCCUGGAGCAGGGGGAGGCAGCUCUCUCAGUGGCAGGAAGAGCCCUGGCUGCCCAACUGCCGGUCCUCCCACGCUCGGAGGUGACCUUCCUGGCCCCAGUCACACGGCCAGACAAGGUGGUGUGCGUGGGCAUGAACUACGUGGACCACUGCAAAGAGCAGAACGUGCCUGUGCCCAAGGAGCCCAUCAUCUUCAGCAAGUUUGCCAGCUCCAUCGUGGGGCCCUAUGAUGAGGUGGUCCUCCCGCCUGAGAGCCAGGAGGUGGACUGGGAGGUGGAGCUGGCCGUGGUCAUUGGAAAGAAAGGCAAGCACAUUAAGGCCACAGAUGCCAUGGCCCACGUGGCUGGCUUCACUGUGGCACAUGACGUGAGUGCUCGUGACUGGCAAAUGAGACGCAAUGGAAAGCAGUGGCUGCUGGGAAAAACCUUUGACACCUUCUGCCCCCUGGGCCCUGCCUUGGUGACCAAGGACAGUGUAGCAGAUCCACACAAUUUAAAGAUUUGCUGCCGAGUGAAUGGGGAGGUGGUCCAGAGUAGCAACACCAACCAGAUGGUGUUUAAGACAGAAGAGCUGAUAGCCUGGAUCUCCCAGUUCGUCACUCUUUACCCAGGGGACAUCAUCCUGACUGGGACCCCCCCAGGAGUUGGAGUAUUCAGGAAACCUCCUGUCUUUCUCAAGAUGUGUGUGUGUGCGCACGCGUGCCGGACCAAAGGACUGACAGCCUCGCGGCCCACGCUGUUGCAGAAGGGCGAUGAAGUCCAGUGUGAGAUUGAAGAGCUAGGCGUCAUCAUCAACAAGGUGGUGUGAUGGCUCCUGCUGCAGGCCCUGGACUUCAGACGAGGUGGCGGCAUCCGUCCCACUGAGCCCAGCACAGGGAGAGGCCCGUGCCAGCCCUCUCAAGGCCCCUCUUCCAGGUGAGGGAGAGAUGGCCCUCUCCUCAAUAAACUACUCUUUGUCUUC